CCUCCUCCUCUUCCUCCUCCUCCUCCUCUUCCUCCUCCUCUUCCUCCUCUGUCUCUUCCUCUUCCUCCUCUUCUUCCUCUUCUUCCUCCUCCUCUUCCUCCUCCUCUUCCUCCUCUGUCUCUUCCUCUUCCUCCUCUUCUUCCUCUUCUUCCUCCUCCUCUUCCUCCUCCUCUUCCUCCUCCUCCUCCUCCUCCUCUUCCUCCUCCUCUUCCUCCUCUGUCUCUUCCUCUUCCUCCUCUUCUUCCUCUUCUUCCUCCUCUUCUUCCUCCUCCUCUUCCUCCUCUUCUUCCUCUUCCUCCUCCUCUUCCUCCUCCUCUUCCUCCUCCUCCUGCUCCUGGUUUCUUCCCCAUGUAGGUAUGAAGGUGAGAGAGAUCAACAUCACAACUGCAGGUCCUCCUCAUGUCACCAACAGUAGCUCUAUGGCCAUAGCCAUCCUGGUACCUUUCUUUGGUCUCGUGUUGGCAGGCCUGGGAUUCUAUCUCUACAAACAACGGAAAACAGAUCAGACUCAGUACACCGGCUGUUCAGUCCACGAGAACAACAACGGCCAGGCGACGUAUGAGAACCCCAUGUACGACACCAACACCAAGUCUGCGGAGGGGAAAGUGGUUCGCUUCGACCCCGACCUCAACACCGUAUGCACUGUGGUUUGAAGAUGUGCGUGUGUGCCAAACGCACCGGGGUUUGACGAUGGUGUUGAUGGUUUUUGCCGAACAGAAAGCUCGUUCAGAAAUGCCGGGCUGGUGUGAUGCAACACUCUGCACCGUGGUUUAUUGAUGGUGUUUGACGUGUGCGACGGACGGAAUUUGCUCGAGAGUUCUUUUGGUUUUUCAAAAAUUGAUGUCUUGUCUUUAUAAUAUCUCUCUGCAAGGAGUUUCUGAAGACGGCACGGCCUCGGAAACAGCGAAGCAAAGCACACCUUCAGGAACAAUAGUUGUGUGUGUAUGGAUGAUGGAUGGGUGAGUCAGCAAGCAGUGUUCAAAUGAGACUGUCCUCUUUUAAAAAAAUACAUCUUCACCUGAUUGGUGAAGUUAUUCCUAAACUACACUCUGAGAGUGAUGCUAUGUGAACAAUGCCCGUCAUGUUGGUACACAGAGUUGUUUACGCUCCAGUCAACGCAAACAAUGGAGCGUCGUUAAGGCAACCAAAUGGAACACUAGUCUUUUCCAUUUUGUAGUUCUCAGACCUGGGUUCAAGUACUAUUCAAUUUCCUUUGGCCUUUGUUCUAGUCUGCCUCGGAGUGCCAGAGAGGUAGAGGGGGUUUGUUCUAGUCUGCCUCGGAGUGCCAGAGAGGUGGAGGGGGUUUGUUCUAGUCUGCCUCGGAGUGCCAGAGAGGUGGAGGGGGUUUGUUCUAUGCUGCCUCGGAGUGCCAGAGAGGUGGAGGGGGUUUGUUCUAGUCUGCCUCGGAGUGCCAGAGAGGUGGAGGGGGUUUGUUCUAGUCUGCCUCGGAGUGCCAGAGAGGUGGAGGGGGUUUGUUCUAGUCUGCCUCGGAGUGCCAGAGAGGUGGAGGGGGUUUGUUCUAGUCUGCCUCGGAGUGCCAGAGAGGUGGAGGGGGUUUGUUCUAGUCUGCCUCGGAGUGCCAGAGAGGUGGAGGGGGUUUGUUCUAGUCUGCCUCGGAGUGCCAGAGAGGUGGAGGGGGUUUGUUCUAGUCUGCCUCGGAGUGCCAGAGAGAUGGAGGGGGUUUGUUCUAGUCUGCCUCGGAGUGCCAGAGAGGUGGAGGGGGUUUGUUCUAGUCUGCCUCGGAGUGCCAGAGAGGUGGAGGGGGUUUGUUCUAGUCUGCCUCGGAGUGCCAGAGAGGUGAAGGGGGUUUGUUCUAGUCUGCCUCGGAGUGCCAGAGAGGUGGAGGGGGUUUGUUCUAGUCUGCCUCGGAGUGCCAGAGAGGUGAAGGGGGUUUGUUCUAGUCUGCCUCGGAGUGCCAGAGAGGUGGAGGGCGUUUGUUCUAGUCUGCCUCGGAGUGCCAGAGAGGUGGAGGGGGUUUGUUCAAGUCUGCCUCGGAGUGCCAGAGAGGUGAAGGGGGUUUGUUCUAGUCUGCCUCGGAGUGCCAGAGAGGUGGAGGGGGUUUGUUCUAGUCUGCCUCGGAGUGCCAGAGAGGUGGAGGGGGUUUGUUCUAGUCUGCCUCGGAGUGCCAGAGAGGUGGAGGGGGUUUGUUCUAGUCUGCCUCGGAGUGCCAGAGAGGUGGAGGGGGUUUGUUCUAGUCUGCCUCGGAGUGCCAGAGAGGUGAAGGGGGUUUGUUCUAGUCUGCCUCGGAGUGCCAGAGAGGUGGAGGGGGUUUGUUCUAGUCUGCCUCGGAGUGCCAGAGAGAUGGAGGGGGUUUGUUCUAGUCUGCCUCGGAGUGCCAGAGAGGUGGAGGGGGUUUGUUCUAGUCUGCCUCGGAGUGCCAGAGAGGUGGAGGGGGUUUGUUCUAGUCUGCCUCGGAGUGCCAGAGAGGUGAAGGGGGGUUGUUCUAGUCUGCCUCGGAGUGCCAGAGAGGUGGAGGGGGUUUGUUCUAGUCUGCCUCGGAGUGCCAGAGAGAUGAAGGGGGUUUGUUCUAGUCUGCCUCGGAGUGCCAGAGAGGUGGAGGGGGUUUGUUCUAGUCUGCCUCGGAGUGCCAGAGAGGUGAAGGGGGUUUGUUCUAGUCUGCCUCGGAGUGCCAGAGAGGUGGAGGGGGUUUGUUCUAGUCUGCCUCGGAGUGCCAGAGAGGUGGAGGGGGUUUGUUCUAGUCUGCCUCGGAGUGCCAGAGAGGUGAAGGGGGUUUGUUCUAGUCUGCCUCGGAGUGCCAGAGAGGUGGAGGGGGUUUGUUCUAGUCUGCCUCGGAGUGCCAGAGAGGUGAAGGGGGUUUGUUCUAGUCUGCCUCGGAGUGCCAGAGAGGUGGAGGGGGUUUGUUCUAUGCUGCCUCGGAGUGCCAGAGAGGUGAAGGGGGUUUGUUCUAGUCUGCCUCGGAGUGCCAGAGAGGUGGAGGGGGUUUGUUCUAGUCUGCCUCGGAGUGCCAGAGAGGUGGAGGGGGUUUGUUCUAGUCUGCCUCGGAGUGCCAGAGAGGUGAAGGGGAUUUGCUCUAGUCUGCCUCGGAGUGCCAGAGAGGUGAAGGGGGUUUGUUCUAGUCUGCCUCGGAGUGCCAGAGAGGUGGAGGGGGUUUGUUCUAGUCUGCCUCGGAGUGCCAGAGAGAUGGAGGGGGUUUGUUCUAGUCUGCCUCGGAGUGCCAGAGAGGUGGAGGGGGUUUGCUCUAGUCUGCCUCGGAGUGCCAGAGAGGUGAAGGGGGUUUGUUCUAGUCUGCCUCGGAGUGCCAGAGAGGUGGAGGGGGUUUGUUCUAGUCUGCCUCGGAGUGCCAGAGAGGUGAAGGGGGUUUGUUCUAGUCUGCCUCGGAGUGCCAGAGAGGUGGAGGGGGUUUGUUCUAGUCUGCCUCGGUGUGCCAGAGAGGUGGAGGGGGUUUGUUCUAGUCUGCCUCGGAGUGCCAGAGAGGUGAAGGGGGUUUGUUCUAGUCUGCCUCGGAGUGCCAGAGAGGUGGAGGGGGUUUGUUCUAUGAUACCUCGGAGUGCCAGAGAGGUGGAGGGGGUUUGUUCUAGUCUGCCUCGGAGUGCCAGAGAGGUGGAGGGGGUUUGUUCUAGUCUGCCUCGGAGUGCCAGAGAGGUGGAGGGGGUUUGUUCUAGUCUGCCUCGGAGUGCCAGAGAGAUGGAGGGGUUUUGUUCUAGUCUGCCUCGGAGUGCCAGAGAGAUGGAGGGGGUUUGUUCUAGUCGGCCUCGGAGUGCCAGAGAGGUGGAGGGGGUUUGUUCUAGUCUGCCUCGGAGUGCCAGAGAGGUGAAGGGUUUUUUUUCUAGUCUGCCUCGGAGUGCCAGAGAGGUGGAGGGGGUUUGUUCUAGUCUGCCUCGGAGUGCCAGAGAGGUGGAGGGGGUUUGUUCUAGUCUGCCUCGGAGUGCCAGAGAGGUGAAGGGGGUUUGUUCUAGUCUGCCUCGGAGUGCCAGAGAGGUGGAGGGGGUUUGUUCUAGUCUGCCUCGGAGUGCCAGAGAGGUGGAGGGGGUUUGUUCUAGUCUGCCUCGGAGUGCCAGAGAGGUGGAGGGGGUUUGUUCUAGUCUGCCUCGGAGUGCCAGAGAGGUGGAGGGGGUUUGUUCUAGUCUGCCUCGGAGUGCCAGAGAGGUGGAGGGGGUUUGUUCUAGUCUGCCUCGGAGUGCCAGAGAGGUGAAGGGGGUUUGUUCUAGUCUGCCUCGGAGUGCCAGAGAGGUGGAGGGGGUUUGUUCUAGUCUGCCUCGGAGUGCCAGAGAGGUGGAGUGGGUUUGUUCUAGUCUGCCUCGGAGUGCCAGAGAGGUGGAGGGGGUUUGGUCUUGUCUGCCUCGGAAUGCCAGAGAGGUGGAGGGGGUUUGUUCUAGUCUGCCUCGGAGUGCCAGAGAGGUGGAGGGGGUUUGUUCUAGUCUGCCUCGGAGUGCCAGAGAGGUGGAGGGGGUUUGUUCUAGUCUGCCUCGGAGUGCCAGAGAGGUGGAGGGGGUUUGUUCUAGUCUGCCUCGGAGUGCCAGAGAGGUGGAGGGGGUUUGUUCUAGUCUGCCUCGGAGUGCCAGAGAGGUGGAGGGGGUUUGUUCUAGUCUGCCUCGGAGUGCCAGAGAGAUGGAGGGGGUUUGUUCUAGUCUGCCUCGGAGUGCCAGAGAGGUGGAGGGGGUUUGUUCUAGUCUGCCUCGGAGUGCCAGAGAGGUGGAGGGGGUUUGUUCUAGUCUGCCUCGGAGUGCCAGAGAGGUGGAGGGGGUUUGUUCUAGUCUGCCUCGGAGUGCCAGAGAGGUGGAGGGGGUUUGUUCUAGUCUGCCUCGGAGUGCCAGAGAGGUGGAGGGGGUUUGUUCUAGUCUGCCUCGGAGUGCCAGAGAGAUGGAGAGGGUUUGUUCUAGUCUGCCUCGGAGUGCCAGAGAGGUGAAGGGGCUUUGUCCUUUUGCGACUAUUCUUUUUUGGUUCAAUUGCGACAAAUAAGCUCAAUAAAGGCCAAACGAUGUAUUUUAAAUGAUAUUGAUCGAUUGAUUUGAUUUGAUUUUAAAGGACAUAUUUAAAAUACAUAUAGAGUUGACUCAUUCGUCUGAUCACAACAAUACAAUACAAAUGUAUCAAACCUUACUUGAACCCAGGUCUGUCUGCUAGUUUUGUUUUUUUCCAGUAGUAGUAUGUAUCCCCUCUCUCUGCAUGGCUAGGUUUAAAUCUGGUUUAAAUCUGGUUUAAAUCUGGUUUAAAUCUGAUUUAAAUCUGAUUUAAGAACGUGUCUCAGACUUCAGGCCUCAAUCAGAUCAACCGUUAACCGGCGAUACCAGACACUCACAUCGCUGAUGUUUUAGCGAUGUCGGAGGUGGAACUACUGUUGGAGCUGUCAAAUCGGUGAGCAGCUGCUCUUGUGAUUAUUGUCACGAAGCCACACCCCGCCCCACUCGCGUUAGAAGUUCAGACCGUGAAAGUGUAGGUUAUUUAUAGAAAUUAUAAAAAUCAUCAAACUAAAUAAUGAGGAUUUCUAUCAGCCUAAUCGAGGUGUGGAUUAUAUCUCACAUUUUAGUGUUCGAACUUAAACAAGGCUGCAUUGGAUAUCUCUUAAUGAGACUCUGUGCAGCCAAUGACAAGGUGUAAUGCCGGGAGCCGCUUGUAGAGUUGACAGCUCUAAAGCACUUCCUCCUCAGACAUAUCAAAACAUCAGCUACGAGGAUGUUGGCUAAAGCGAAUCUGAUUGGAAGGUAAGAGUUCCUCUCAGCGUGAGUCGAUCAAAGUGAUCUGCUCAUUUCCCACCCUGUGUGAUGUCAGAGAGAGAGGCGGGGAAACAAGAAAGGCUGUCUCGCUCUUUGAAUACUGUUCUAUACUGCCAGUGUAUGUAAUAUCAAUGUACUGGAUGCACUCUAACGCCAAUGAUACUUAAGAUUGGAUGUGUUAUCUGUCUACCCUGACUGAGAACUGAAUGAUGUGUUAUCUGUCUACCCUGACUGAGAACUGAACGAUGUGUUAUCUGUCUACCCUGACUGAGAACUGAAUGAUGUGUUAUCUGUCUACCCUGACUGAGAACUGAACGAUGUGUUAUCUGUCUACCCUGACUGAGAACUGAAUGAUGUGUUAUCUGUCUACCCUGACUGAGAACUGAAUGAUGUGUUAUCUGUCUACCCUGACUGAGAACUGAACGAUGUGUUAUCUGUCUACCCUGACUGAGAACUGAAUGAUGUGUUAUCUGUCUACCCUGACUGAGAACUGAACGAUGUGUUAUCUGUCUACCCUGACUGAGAACUGAACGAUGUGUUAUCUGUCUACCCUGACUGAGAACUGAAUGAUGUGGUAUCUGUCUACCCUGACUGAGAACUGAACGAUGUGGUAUCUGUCUACCCUGACUGAGAACUGAACGAUGUGUUAUCUGUCUACCCUGACUGAGAACUGAACGAUGUGGUAUCUGUCUACCCUGACUGAGAACUGAAUGAUGUGUUAUCUGUCUACCCUGACUGAGAACUGAAGGAUGUGUCUCUACCCUGACUGAGAACUGAAUGAUGUGGUAUCUGUCUACCCUGACUGAGAACUGAAUGAUGUGGUAUCUGUCUACCCUGACUGAGAACUGAAUGAUGUGGUAUCUGUCUACCCUGACUGAGAACUGAAGGAUGUAUCAUGUCUCUACCCUGACUGAGAACUGAAUGAUGUGUUAUCUGUCUACCCUGACUGAGAACUGAAGGAUGUGGUAUCUGUCUACCCUGACUGAGAACUGAAGGAUGUGUUAUCUGUCUACCCUGACUGAGAACUGAAUGAUGUGGUAUCUGUCUACCCUGACUGAGAACUGAACGAUGUAUCAUGUCUCUACCCUGACUGAGAACUGAAGGAUGUGUCACGUGUCUACCCUGACUGAGAACUGAAUGAUGUGGUAUCUGUCUACCCUGACUGAGAACUGAAUGAUGUGUUAUCUGUCUACCCUGACUGAGAACUGAAGGAUGUGUCUCUACCCUGACUGAGAACUGAACGAUGUGGUAUCUGUCUACCCUGACUGAGAACUGAACGAUGUGUUAUCUGUCUACCCUGACUGAGAACUGAAUGAUGUGUUAUCUGUCUACCCUGACUGAGAACUGAAUGAUGUGUUAUCUGUCUACCCUGACUGAGAACUGAAUGAUGUGGUAUCUGUCUACCCUGACUGAGAACUGAAUGAUGUGUUAUCUGUCUACCCUGACUGAGAACUGAAUGAUGUGGUAUCUGUCUACCCUGACUGAGAACUGAACGAUGUGUUAUCUGUCUACCCUGACUGAGAACUGAAUGAUGUGUUAUCUGUCUACCCUGACUGAGAACUGAAGGAUGUGUCUACCCUGACUGAGAACUGAAUGAUGUGUUAUCUGUCUACCCUGACUGAGAACUGAAGGAUGUGUUAUCUGUCUACCCUGACUGAGAACUGAAGGAUGUGUUAUCUGUCUACCCUGACUGAGAACUGAAUGAUGUGUUAUCUGUCUACCCUGACUGAGAACUGAAUGAUGUGUUAUCUGUCUACCCUGACUGAGAACUGAACGAUGUAUCAUGUCUCUACCCUGACUGAGAACUGAAGGAUGUGGUAUCUGUCUACCCUGACUGAGAACUGAAUGAUGUGUCUCUACCCUGACUGAGAACUGAACGAUGUGUUAUCUGUCUACCCUGACUGAGAACUGAAGGAUGUGUUAUCUGUCUACCCUGACUGAGAACUGAAGGAUGUGGUAUCUGUCUACCCUGACUGAGAACUGAAUGAUGUGUUAUCUGUCUACCCUGACUGAGAACUGAAUGAUGUGGUAUCUGUCUACCCUGACUGAGAACUGAACGAUGUAUCAUGUCUCUACCCUGACUGAGAACUGAAGGAUGUGUCACGUGUCUACCCUGACUGAGAACUGAAUGAUGUGUUAUCUGUCUACCCUGACUGAGAACUGAAUGAUGUGGUAUCUGUCUACCCUGACUGAGAACUGAAGGAUGUGUUAUCUGUCUACCCUGACUGAGAACUGAAUGAUGUGUUAUCUGUCUUCCCUGACUGAGAACUGAAGGAUGUGUCUCUACCCUGACUGAGAACUUAAGGAUGUCUGUCUACCCUGACUGAGAACUGAACGAUGUGGUAUCUGUCUACCCUGACUGAGAACUGAAGGAUGUGUCUCUACCCUGACUGAGAACUUAAGGAUGUCUGUCUACCCUGACUGAGAACUGAAGGAUGUGGUAUCUGUCUACCCUGACUGAGAACUGAACGAUGUGGUAUCUGUCUACCCUGACUGAGAACUGAAUGAUGUGUUAUCUGUCUACCCUGACUGAGAACUGAAGGAUGUGGUAUCUGUCUACCCUGACUGAGAACUGAAUGAUGUGUCAUGUCUCUACCCUGACUGAGAACUGAAGGAUGUGUUAUCUGUCUACCCUGACUGAGAACUGAAUGAUGUGUUAUCUGUCUACCCUGACUGAGAACUGAAGGAUGUGUCUCUACCCUGACUGAGAACUUAAGGAGGUCUGUCUACCCUGACUGAGAACUGAAUGAUGUGUUAUCUGUCUACCCUGACUGAGAACUGAACGAUGUGGUAUCUGUCUACCCUGACUGAGAACUGAAUGAUGUGUCACAUCUCUACCCUGACUGAGAACUGAAUGAUGUGUUAUCUGUCUACCCUGACUGAGAACUGAAGGAUGUGGUAUCUGUCUACCCUGACUGAGAACUGAACGAUGUGGUAUCUGUCUACCCUGACUGAGAACUGAACGAUGUGGUAUCUGUCUACCCUGACUGAGAACUGAACGAUGUGGUAUCUGUCUACCCUGACUGAGAACUGAAUGAUGUGUUAUCUGUCUACCCUGACUGAGAACUGAAGGAUGUGGUAUCUGUCUACCCUGACUGAGAACUGAACGAUGUGGUAUCUGUCUACCCUGACUGAGAACUGAACGAUGUGGUAUCUGUCUACCCUGACUGAGAACUGAACGAUGUGUUAUCUGUCUACCCUGACUGAGAACUGAAUGAUGUGUCAUGUCUCUACCCUGACUGAGAACUGAACGAUGUGGUAUCUGUCUACCCUGACUGAGAACUGAACGAUCUGUUAUCUGUCUACCCUGACUGAGAACUGAAUGAUGUGUCAUGUCUCUACCCUGACUGAGAACUGAACGAUGUGGUAUCUGUCUACCCUGACUGAGAACUGAAUGAUGUGGUAUCUGUCUACCCUGACUGAGAACUGAAGGAUGUAUCAUGUCUCUACCCUGACUGAGAACUGAAGGAUGUGUUAUCUGUCUACCCUGACUGAGAACUGAAUGAUGUGUCACAUCUCUACCCUGACUGAGAACUGAAUGAUGUGGUAUCUGUCUACCCUGACUGAGAACUGAAGGAUGUGUUAUCUGUCUACCCUGACUGAGAACUGAAUGAUGUGUCACAUCUCUACCCUGACUGAGAACUGAAUGAUGUGGUAUCUGUCUACCCUGACUGAGAACUGAACGAUGUGUUAUCUGUCUACCCUGACUGAGAACUGAGGGAGAAAUGUUAUCAUCGAACUACAGUAUUUUCUUUGUGUGAUGGAGAGAACAUGAAUUUCCUUUUUUCUGAGUUGAGUUUUUUGGGGGGGGGAUGUUUGAGGUAGGUGUGUAUCCUCUAGCCCAGGGGUGUCAAACUCAUUCCACGGAGGGCCUAGUGUCUGCAGGUUUUUGGUUUAUCUUUUCAAUAAAGCCCUACACAACCAGGUGUGGGGAGUUCCUAACUAAUUAGUGAUGUUAAUUCAUCAAUCAAGUAUAAGGGAGGAGCGAAAACCCGCAGACACUCGGCCCCCCGUGGAAUGAGUUUGACACCUGUGGGCUAGCCAAUGAGUCUGAGAGAGUUACUGCACAUGCUGUACAUGUUGCUCUGUGUCUGUCCCAUGGAUGUUGACUGGAAUAAAUGGCUGUUUGUUUUUACUGUAACAGGACACUCUUACAGUAAAAAGGCUCCAAAAGGCUUCUUCGGCUGUUCUUCUACACGAAAACCCCCCCCAAAAAUCCCAAAAGGCUUCUUCGGCUGUUCUUCUACACGAAAACCCCCCCCAAAAAUCCCAAAAGGCUUCUUCGGCUGUUCUUCUACACGAAAAUCCCCCCAAAAAAUCCCAAAAGGCUUCUGCAAAGUGUUCUCCUACGGGGACAGCCAAAGAACCCUUCUGUAUUCUAGAUCGCAACUUUUGUUUCUCUUUUAAAGAGUCUAGGAUCAUCGGCCUCCCAUUCACAUUCCUGUAUAUUUGCCAUUGUCGUCAAAAUCUCAUCGUUUUUACGUGCCAGUUUCGUCAUAACGGAAUAAGGAACACUGUAAAAUCAUUAAAUAAAUCCUGACAGUGCCUUGUCAAAUAUUAAUAUUGUAUAGGCAUAGUGUUGAAGAAACCAGGAUUAUAAUGCCAUCAGUAACAGUGUGUAAAUCAUCUGUCUUUUAUGGAGGGGUGGUAGGGGCUGAUUUUAGCAUGAUUCCCAAAUGGCACCCUAUUCCCUAUAUAGUGCCCUACUUUUGCCCAGAACUCUGUUGGGGCCCUGUUCAAAUGUAGUGCACUACAUAGGGAAUAGGGUGCCAUACUGGGACGUUGAUUUACUGUAUUUUCUGUCAGCGUUGCUCACGUUGAAGAGAACAUACUGAACGCAGCUCGUACUUGUGCAUGUCUGCCAAAGAUGAUCACGUCGUAGUAGAGCAUUGCUGCUGUAGGUGUUUCUACCGUGUGUAUCUUAUCUUGUCAUUGCAGUAACAUUUAGUUUUUUUUUUUUUGUACAUUUAUACAGUUUUGGUACUUGAUGGCAUUCUCUUUGGCAAAUGUCUUUUGUUUUAUCAAUAUGUAAUAUCACAAUCUCACAAUUUCUUAUUGACAACAUCGGAAAAAUGCAUCUGGUAUAUAUUGAAACUUUGUUUAAAUCUGGUAUAUAUUGAAACUUUGUCUUAAAGUCAAAGACUUCAAACAAGUUUAGAAUGCAAUUCACUGUACAAAUCGGUAACUAGAUUACAAUGCUAUUCACUGUACAAAUCGGUAACUAGAUUAGAAUGCUAUUCACUGUACAAAUCGGUAACUAGUUUAGAAUGCAAUUCACUGUAUAAAUCAGUAACUAGAUUAGAAUGCUAUUCACUGUAUAAAUCAGUACUAAUCCUAAUAUAAAACAAAUUCAGAGCCAAUGAAGAUGUAUAUAUAUAUUCAAAUCUUUCGUAAAGAGAUAUAUUUUUAUGCAAUUAAAGCAUUUGUAAGUUAUUGAAUAUGUUGUGUACAUUUCCAUAUGUAAAUGUCAUGUAAGAUUUACAACAAAAAAAUGUUUUGUAUUUUUUCUUUAUUGCCAGUGUAUAAAUCCUUAAUUUAUAUAUAAAACAUUUCAACUAUAAA